UCACACCCUUUAUGUGAGAUUCUCCUCUCUUGUUCCUCCAUGAUUAACAAGCUCUCAAAAAUUCAAGCUUUCACUUAAUUUGAUGCAAAAAAGUUGGUGGGGGGUUUUAACUUUUGACUGGGAAAUCCGCUUCCAAACAAACAGAAUUAUCAAGGGAACAUGGCUAAUUUUGAUAAUGAUGAGUUGCCAAUACUGUCAGACACAGAUUCACAACCAUAUGAUAAACCCUUGGAUUCUAAAUCCAGAAGGGUUGUAUCAAGGACACAAAGUGCAUCAAUUUCUAUUCCUAUGAGCUACAUGGAGUCAUAUGAGAGAGAAACUAGUCAUGUAGGACAUACAGGUCCACUUCGGAUUAAGAGAAAAACUCCCUUUAUGCAGAUGAGUGGUCCACUAUAUGCUACCAAUGGACCUGGAAAUCUUUUGCAGCAGCAUAUAGCUGGAACAGGAAACAAAGCAGAGGAAAGAAAGACAGAAAAUUUUGCUACUUUCAGCGGCACAGGUUCAACUUACUGGAAUAAUAACCAUGGUAGAGAAAAUGAACACUUACUGAGGUCUGGACAACUGGGAAUGUGUAAUGAUCCUUAUUGUACUAUUUGCCCUACUCACUUCAAUGUUUCUCAGCAAAGAAAUUCAAAACCUUCAACUAUAUGUGAUCCCAAGUUCCAUAAUGAUCUUUAUGGGGAUGCCAAGGGAUUCGCAAGAAAGCUCUUUUCUUUCUGCUCUUCAUAUGUUCCUGGAGUUAUGAACCCUCACACCAAAAUUGUACAAAAAUGGAACAAGUCUUUGGCCAUUUUUUGCUUGACUGCUAUUUUUGUGGAUCCAUUAUUUUUCUUCUUGCUCUAUGUGCAGCAGGAUUAUAAUUGUAUUGUUAUCAACUGGACUAUGACAACAGCACUUGUUUUACUUAGAAGCAUGAAUGAUUUGGUAUAUUUCUUUAACAUUCUUCUCCAGUUUAGGUUGGCUUAUGUUUCUCCUGAGUCAAGGGUGGUUGGUGCUGGAGAUUUAGUUGACCAUCCUAAGCAAAUUGCUCUUCAUUACAUGAAGGGUUCUUUUCUUGUUGAUUUGUUUGUUGUAUUUCCUCUUCCUCAGAUAAUGAUAUUGUUUGUGAUACCAAAUUCCUUGGGGGGAGCAAAUUAUGCAAAGAAUCUUCUCCGUGCAGCAAUCUUAGUGCAGUAUAUUCCAAAGUUGUACAGGUUUCUGCCACUGCUAAUUGGCCAGAAUCGAACAGGAUUCAUAUUUGAGUCAGCCUGGGCAAAUUUCAUUAUAAAUCUUCUCGUUUUCAUGCUUGCUAGCCAUGUUGUUGGCUCUUGCUGGUACCUCUUUGGUCUACAGAGGGUUAAUCAAUGUUUGCGAGAUGCCUGCCAUAAUUCUAAUAUUACUGGAUGCAUGAAAUUCAUUGAUUGUGGACAUGGCCUUAAUGGAAACAAUCAGUCUGACCUAACAUCAGAUCAGUGGAACAAGAAUAAAGAUGCCAUUGAUUGUCUGAAUCCCCCUCCUGAUGGUGGAUUUAGUUAUGGCAUCUAUCAGAAUGCUGUGCAGCUUACUGUUGAAACUAACGUGGUUAACAAAUAUGUGUAUUCUCUUUUUUGGGGAUUCCAGCAAAUCAGUACUCUAGCUGGUAAUCUAGUCCCUAGCUAUUUUGUGGGGGAAGUCCUUUUUACUAUGGCCAUCAUAGGAUUAGGACUCUUGCUUUUUGCGAUUCUCAUUGGAAACAUACAGAACUUUCUUCAGGCUCUUGGACGCAGGAAGCUAGAAAUGCAACUUAGAGGCCGUGAUGUUGAGCAAUGGAUGAGCCAUCGUCGCUUACCAGAAGGUCUAAGAAGGAGAGUAAGACAAGCUGAACGGUAUACUUGGGCUGCAACAAGGGGAGUUAAUGAAGAAAUGCUUAUGGAGAAUUUGCCUGAGGAUCUGCAGAGAGACAUAAGACGUCAUCUUUUCAAAUUUGUUAAGAAAGUUCGAAUUUUCGCCCUGAUGGAUCAGCCUAUCUUAGAUGCUAUUUGUGAGAGACUCAAACAAAAGACAUACAUCAAAGGAAGUAGAAUUUUGUGCCAGGGUUGUCUAGUACAGAAGAUGGUAUUCAUUGUGCGUGGUAAAUUGGAGAGUGUUGGAGAAGAUGGAAUUAGAGUUCCCUUAGCCGAAGGAGAUGUUUGUGGUGAAGAACUUCUGACAUGGUAUCUUGAAUAUUCUUCUAUAAGCACAGAUGGUAGAAAAAUAAGGCUCCCAGGACAGAGGUUGGUUGGCAAUAGGAAUGUAAGGUGCUUAACAAAUGUGGAGGCAUUUUCACUCUGUGCUGCAGAACUUGAAGAGGUCACAAUUCUUUUCACAAGAUUCUUGAGGAGUCCACGUGUUCAAGGAGCCUUAAGGUAUGAAUCACCUUAUUGGAGAUCCCUUGCAGCAACCCGGAUUCAAGUUGCAUGGAGAUACCGGAAGAAACGUCUAAGUCGUGUUAAUUCUUCAGUUUCACUAUCAGAUUAAUCAUUGGGUUCAUGGAUUGUAUAGUUAUAUCUAAUUUGGUACGCAGUUUUUAUGAAGUUCAACAAAAUAUAGCAGAUUAACUAGCUUGU